ACUACGCAAAUACGAAAAAAAUGUUUACGCUUCAACCUACGCCUGCAUCUAUUGGAACAGUGCCUUGGUCAACAGGAUCACUGAUAGAACGACUGCCUGCUCUGGAUGAUAUGAACCAUAAGGACAAUGCUCUUGCUAUGAGAAAUCUGCCCUGUUUGGGCGUGGCUAGUGGCAACGGACUGGCCGGUAUUGGCGGAAAGGCUGCUGCAACAGCUGCGACGGAAGCUGCGGAUGCAACUGCAGCACCACAGCCACCUCAUUCAACAUCAUCGUACUUUACCACAACCUACUAUCACUUAACAGAUGAUGAAUGUAUGUUUUUAGUACCAUCUAAAAUUUUUCAAUCAACUUUAAUUUGUAACUCAUAUUUGUUAAUAGCAGACGCAAACUGA